GAUCGCCGUCCAGAUGCAGUUUCGACUCUUCUCAUUUGCCCUGAUCGUAUUGAACUGUAUGGAGUACAGCAACUGUCAGGCGCCUUCGCACCGCUGGAGACGAAACAAAAGAGCGAGCUAUGGAGCAUAUCCGAUCUGUAAAGGCUGCUCGGUGUGCUCCAGGGACAACGGCUGCGUAAACUGCCAGCCCAAACUCUUCCUGUUCCUGCGGAGGGAGAGGAUGAGGCAGUAUGGGGAGUGUCUUCACGACUGUCCGGCCGGGUACUACGGCAUGCGCAGCCCCGAAGUCAACAUGUGCUCACGGUGCAGGAUAGAGAACUGCGAGUCCUGCUUCAGUAAAGACUUCUGCACCAAGUGUAAAUCUGGGUUUUACCUACACAAAGGGCGCUGCUUCGAGAAGUGCCCAGAGGGUUUCGCCCCGCUGGACGACACCAUGGAGUGUGGAGAAGGCUGCGAGGUGGGCCAGUGGAGCGAAUGGGGUGCUUGCACCAGAAGAAACAAAACCUGUGGCUAUAAGUGGGGUUUGGAGACCCGGACGCGGCACAUCGUAAAGAAACCACCCAAGGACACGAUACCCUGUCCCACCAUCGCUGAGUCCAGGAUGUGCAAAAUGGCCAUGAGGCACUGCAGGAGAGGUGGAUCAGGGAAGCACCGAUCCAAAGAACCAAAGAAGAAGAACAAGCAGAGACUGCGGUUUCGGGCCCAGAACCAGCACAGUGACCACUUGGCCUCUGCUCGCUCCAGUCAGUGAGGACUCCAACCACGGACUACCCAACAAAAAGAACCAACGCAAAGCUGCUAGCCACUGCUGCACCCAUAUUCUGACCGACGACCACCACCGACCCCACCUCCCAGCCCCGACAGACCCCGCCCCCUUCACAUGUGCCCCCCCACUGCCCACUAGGACGCUCAUGACUCACAGAUCAUCACUAUAUAUGUUUAACCUAGGAUAUCAAUAUCAACACACUAAGUACACAACGCUUCAUGCCUUUGCCUCCCGCUGCCCCCCCGACCCAACCCCCCCCCCUUCUUGUUGCCACAGCAACCAGCGCCCUGACCUCCACCCAGGCCCCACCCGCCUUGGCCUUUACAGUUGAAGUUACCGAACUCAUUUCCUGUCAUUAACAAUGUCAUUAACCGUCCAGGGUGAUGGAAGGCGGAGCCCAGAGGGGAGGUGGGCGGGGCCUGACUGGUGGGAGAAAUUAAAGGAAGUUGUCUAAAGAGAGUUGACUAAACUGUGCGGGGGUGGGGGAGGAAACCAGGGAGUAUGAAAAAAAAAAAAAAAAGAUGGAGGAUGAGAGGGCGACAGAGUUUUGGCGGAUGCAAAACGAUGCGGAUGGACAUGAAAAAAAGGCAUCUGGACCCGAAAGAGACAGUUUUUGUUCCUAUAUUUAUGUCGAAGCUACCCUCACCUUCCCUGUACACGGAGGCGGAGUAUUCCCAUGUGUGGCCUUUAUGUUAUGUACAUUUUUGAGAGUAAUAUUAAAGAAAUUACCAUGCAUAGAUGCAAAGUAUUUUAUUCUCAGCACAAACUGUUUACGUUCAGACCGCUUUAUGCUCUACGGCAGCGCAUUAGGGCCACGUAAGACAAUAAAAACACUGUCACUAUGAGAAUUAAGUCGUAAAAUAUUCAGAUAAAACACGGAAUUUUAUGAGAAUAAAGUCGAAUACAAAAAGAGUUAAAAUUUUCCGAGAACAAAGUCUUAAUAUUAUGAGAAUAAAGUCGUAGUUUAAAAAAAACAACUCAUAAUUUAAUGAAAAUAAUGUCGUACUGUUAUGAGAUUUAAGUCGUAAUAUGAGAAUAA